UCAUACCUACUUCAUUCCCAGCUGUAAGAUUACAAAGCCGUCUCGAUAGUUUGUAGUAGUACUCCAGCAAACUAGAAAAGCCCAUCUCUUCCAACCUGCCGCCAUCGGAUUGCUGUACCUAUUCCCUUGUUCCGGGCUUACUACCUCGACCAAAAUCGCCCAACCGCAAGUUACUAGUUGUUACAGCUACUCAUCGUAUCAAUACCAAUAUCAAUACCACAUUUUGAGCCAAGAUAUUCUGUGGUAUACACGAGUUGCGUUUGAGGAUUUAUGGACAGAAAAGAGAAGAUUAACACCCGGAGAUCCGCAUCGCGCCAACGCCGAGUUCUCCGCUAAUAUCCAGCUCUCAAGAGUCUGCUCUUUUGCGGUUUUCAGAGUCCAAAGUGGAUUCAUCAUAAGCACGAUCUGCAUGAGGAUGGAUAAUGAUGUCACAAGACCCGAUACAAUGUUCAGUUCUUCUCGUCGCUCUCAUCGAAAGACGAGGACAGGGUGCGAUAACUGCAAGAGGAGAAAGAUUAAGGUUAGUCGAAGCAACCAUUAACAGACCCGUUUUAUAUGCCUCUACCUAAACAAGAACACACACACACACACACACACACACACACACAUAGGUAGGCCCCAAAUCUAUAAUUAAUUCCAAGCACUACAGAACAUUCCAUCUGAUAGUGUGUAUCUUUAGCUUCAAUUGCCUCGUUGUCCUCACUAGUUGAUGUGCUAUUGACCUGAGCUCAACAGUGGCUGACUCAUCUAUUAGUGCGGUGAAGGAAAACCUAGCUGCCUGAAUUGUCUCAAGCAUUCAAUACCAUGUGAUUACUCACGGGCAAAUGCCGCAGCGGCGGCGAAGAAGACACCAAGCGCCUCUCCCGGAUCUUCAGCUUCAGCUUCUGCUCCAAACGAUAGUUUGAGCCGCACUGCCGAGGGCCAUGAUCCGUACCUGAAUCUUUUGGAUUUGGAGGUUUUCAACUACUUUUGUAAAUCGACAAGCAUCUCAAUCAAUUCCAGCCCGGAAGCGAAAGAUCUAUGGCAAACUACGGCUAUCGAGAUUGCGUUUAGUCACGAAUUCGUCAUGCGUGCGCUGCUCGCUCUGUCAGCCCUACAUAUGGCUCGCCACACGCCUGACCGGGGUCGACAACUGUAUGAUUACUCAAUGCAACAACAUCAAGCGGCCCUCCGCCAAGGCACCGCGUUCCUUUCAGAUAUUACCGUUGAAACUUGUGCAGCUCUUCACAUCUUCUCAAUAAUCACAGGAAUGCAUACAUUAGGUCGACCUCGCAGCGUUGACGAAUUUGUAGUCGUUGGCGAGAAUGGGAUUACCUCGUGGCUUACAAUCUUUAAAGGGGUGACUGCAAUCAUCGAUCAAUUCAGAGGCACACUAAUGUCCGGACCUUUAGCUUUAUUAUUCAAAGCCCGGGAUGAGAGAGUCCGCUUACGUGAAACAUGUGCGGAAGACGACACUGAACAUUUAAGCCAUCUAAGAAAUGCAAUUGAAACUACAGUACACAAUGAGGACGAAGCACGGAUAUAUACUGUUGCGAUUCAUGAGCUAGAACUUUCAUACAGGUUUAUGUACAAGUGUCCAGCCGAAAAAUACGAGGCGGGUGACAUUUUCAUCUGGCUAUUUCGUCUAUCUGAUGAAUACAUGGCUCGUCUAAAAGCGGGCACCCAAGAAGCAUUAGCAAUUCUUGCAUAUUCAUCUGUGUGCUUUAAAAAGUUAGAGAAUCUGUGGUGGAUAGAAGGAUGGAGCAAUCAUCUGAUGGCCAACAUCUAUAAAUAUUUAGAUGAAGAACACAAACAAUGGGUUCAGAUUCCUAUCGACGAGAUUGGUUGGGUGCCAUAUCAGUGAUUAGAGUGAUUAGGAAUGGUCCCAGCAUUUACAUUUGUAGUACCGUACUUGCGUGCUUUUUUCAGUCUCGAGAAUCAAGGAGUUCUUGCGCUUCGGAUCGCUGCAAGUCAAGGCUGCAAAUUGAUUUCCAUACAUGUCAUUUUUUUUAGGCUUCUGCAAAGAUCGUAUUGUAUUUCAAAUAAUAGCUUCUUGUAAAUUUACUCUAAAUUCCACUUUUGAAGAGUACGAUGAAUCGAACUCCGAGCACAUUUCUUCCCCUCUCUCAUUUGU